AUGAACAGAGAUAGAUGUCAAAGGAGGAAGAAGAGUGAUGAGGAAGAAGGAGAUGCAAUCAGCAACUUACCAGAGGAUCUACUUUUUCACAUCUUGUCUUUCCUUUCGACAAGAGAGGCAGCUUUGACAUCUGUUCUGUCCAAGAAGAGAUGGCGAGACUUGUUUACAUUGCUACCUAGUCUUGAUUUUGAUGACUCCAUCUUUAUGCCUUGUGUAAGUCCCGAAGAAUGCCCAAGGACUAGUUUCAGAGAGUUUGUGAGCAGAGUUCUUGUACUUGAACAAGUGAUCAUCGUACUACAAUGUGACUCCUUCAUAGAGGAGGGAUGUGAUCGUUUUGAAGUCUCCAAGGCACUGGAGAUGGCCCCGAAAGCUUCACCAAACUGCAAGCUCAAGGUUGUUAAUCAUUAG